CGCUGGCUGAGCGGCUGGUGGAGCCGAGCGCGGGCGGAGCGCAGCCGGUCUGCGCCGAGAGGGCUGAGCGGAGCUUGCAGCCCCAACCGAGCGGAGCCGAGAGGAGCCGAGAGGAGCCGAGCGUAGGUCUUGGGGAGACAUGCAGAUGAUGACUAGGAACGUCCUGCUCAACAUGGAGCUGCAGGAGGACGACGAUGAGGAUGGAGACAUCGGUGAUGUUCCUGACUCCAGGAGGCCUUUUCUGGCUCCUCAUACUCUUCUACCAUCCGGUCUGGUGCUGGAAAACUUUGACCAGACAAUUGUCUGUCCCACCUUUGGCUCACUGGAGAACCAGCAGGAUUUCCGAACUCCAGAGUUUGAAGAAUUUAAUGAAAAGCCCGACUCCCUCUUUUUCACCGAUGGCCAGAGACGAAUUGACUUCGUUCUUGUGUAUGAAGAUGAAACUAAAAAGGAGAACAAUAAAAAGGGCACAAAUGAAAAACAGAAGAGGAAAAGACAAGCGUAUGAGUCUAACCUCAUCUGCCACGGCCUGCAGCUGGAGGCAACGCGCUCAGUUUCCGAUGACAAGCUUGUGUUCGUGAAGGUGCAUGCGCCCUGGGAAGUGCUGUGCACUUAUGCUGAGAUCAUGCACAUCAAACUCCCCCUAAAACCAAAUGACCUGAAACUGAGCUCGGCCUUUGGCACCCUCAACUGGUUCACCAAGGUCCUCCGCGUGAACGAGAGUGUCAUCAAGCCGGAGCAGGAGUUCUUCACGGCACCGUUUGAGAAGAGCCGGAUGAAUGAUUUUUAUAUCCUGGACAGAGACUCCUUCUUCAACCCUGCCACUAGAAGCCGCAUUGUCUAUUUCAUCCUCUCUCGGGUCAAAUACCAAGUGAUGAACAACGUUACCAAGUUUGGGAUUAAUAGACUGGUCAGUUCCGGAAUCUACAAAGCAGCGUUCCCUCUACACGACUGCAAAUUCAACUAUGUGUCGGAGGACCCCAGCUGUCCUAGCGAGCGUUACCUUCUGUACAGGGAAUGGGCUCACCCUCGGAGCAUAUACAAGAAGCAGCCCUUGGAUCUUAUCAGGAAGUAUUAUGGAGAGAAGAUUGGAAUCUACUUUGCUUGGCUGGGCUAUUACACGAAGAUGCUUCUGCUAGCCGCGGUGGUGGGCGUGGCCUGCUUCCUCUAUGGCUAUCUGGAUCAAGAUAACUGCACUUGGAGCAAAGAGGUCUGUGAUCCUGAUAUCGGCGGCCAGAUCCUGAUGUGUCCCCAGUGCGACAGGCUGUGUCCGUUCUGGAGGCUGAAUAUCACCUGUGAAUCUUCUAAGAAAUUGUGCAUCUUUGACAGUUUUGGGACCCUGAUCUUUGCAGUAUUUAUGGGAGUGUGGGUCACGUUGUUUCUGGAGUUCUGGAAGCGGCGCCAGGCAGAGCUCGAGUAUGAAUGGGACACUGUUGAGCUACAGCAGGAGGAACAGCCCCGGCCGGAGUACGAAGCCCAGUGCAAUCACGUGGUAAUCAACGAGAUCACUCAGGAGGAGGAGCGAAUCCCGUUCACCACCUGUGGGAAGUGCAUCCGGGUCACCCUGUGUGCCAGUGCUGUCUUCUUCUGGAUCCUGCUCAUCAUCGCGUCUGUGAUCGGCAUCAUCGUCUACAGGCUCUCGGUGUUCAUCGUGUUUUCCGCCACCCUCCCCAAGAACCCCAACGGCACAGACCCGAUCCAGAAGUACCUGACUCCGCAGAUGGCCACCUCCAUCACGGCCUCCAUCAUCAGCUUCAUCAUCAUCAUGAUCCUGAACACCAUCUACGAGAAGGUGGCCAUCAUGAUCACCAACUUCGAACUCCCGAGGACGCAGACCGAUUACGAGAACAGCCUCACCAUGAAGAUGUUCUUGUUCCAGUUCGUCAACUACUACUCGUCCUGCUUCUACAUCGCGUUCUUUAAGGGCAAAUUUGUGGGCUAUCCGGGAGACCCGGUGUAUUGGCUGGGAAAGUACAGAAAUGAAGAGUGUGACCCAGGAGGCUGUCUCCUCGAACUGACGACACAGCUGACAAUCAUCAUGGGAGGAAAGGCCAUCUGGAAUAACAUACAAGAAGUACUGCUCCCAUGGGUCAUGAAUCUAAUUGGACGAUAUAAAAGAGUUUCGGGAUCAGAAAAGAUAAUCCCACGAUGGGAACAGGAUUACCAUCUGCAGCCCAUGGGCAAGCUGGGAUUGUUCUAUGAGUAUCUUGAAAUGAUUAUUCAGUUUGGGUUCGUCACCUUAUUUGUGGCCUCUUUUCCACUGGCUCCCCUGCUGGCUCUGGUGAAUAAUAUACUGGAAAUAAGAGUGGACGCCUGGAAGCUGACAACUCAGUUCAGACGCAUGGUACCAGAAAAAGCCAAGGAUAUCGGUGCGUGGCAGCCCAUCAUGCAAGGAAUAGCCAUCCUGGCUGUGGUGACCAACGCCAUGAUCAUUGCUUUCACAUCAGACAUGAUUCCCCGCCUGGUGUACUAUUGGUCCUUCUCCAUCCCUCCCUACGGGGACCACACAUACUACACCAUGAAUGGCUACAUCAACAGCACUCUCUCCGUCUUCAACAUCACCGACUUCAAAAACACAGACAAAGAAAACCCAUACAUUGGGCUUGGUAACUAUACCUUGUGCAGGUACCGGGACUUCCGCAACCCACCCGGGCACCCACAGGAGUACAAACACAACAUCUAUUACUGGCAUGUGAUUGCUGCCAAGCUGGCCUUUAUCAUUGUCAUGGAGCACGUCAUCUACUCUGUGAAGUUUUUCAUUUCGUACGCCAUUCCAGAUGUGUCAAAGGUCACGAAGAGCAAGAUCAAGAGGGAGAAAUACCUCACGCAGAAGCUCCUUCACGAGAGUCGCCUCAAGGACCUGACCAGAAACAUGGGGCUCAUCGCCGAGAGGGUGGGAGAGGUGGUCGACAACAACGUGCGUCCAAAACUCGAAUGACCGGGAGCUUUGUGUCCCGAGAAGCACUUUAGAAGCAGCGGGCGUGCUGUGAGUCGCUGCGGAGGAUGCUCACAUUCAGGCAAUCAGAGUCUACACCAGGCCCAUUUCCACGUGGAUCAUUCUUACGGCUCCCGCCAGCAGCGCAGGAGCUGGGAACUGGAGACUUGAUCAAGAAGGCAUAAAACUACCUACCUGGACAACCUGAAUAUGUUUGUUUGUUGUUUUUUUUUUUUUUUUUUUUUGAUAAAAUGGAAUUUUCGUAACAGAAAAAGCCUCGAAGUGUGCCUGAGUCCUACUUUGCUUUUGAGGUUUUUUUUUUUUUUUGGUCUCAAGCUCAGUGCUCCUUUCCUGUGCUUGAUUUUGCAUUUUGCCAAAUCUAUCCAAGAUGUAUUUCGUCCUGAUGGACGGUACCAUGGCCGAAGACCUGGCAUACCUCAGCCUUAAUCAUUUUUGUGUUAUCAACAAUAGCGAGCUCGGAGUUGAGUUUGGAUGCUGUUAGGGUCCAGGUAGAAUCAAGAGUUCACAGUAUUUCAGUGUCUUACCGUACCACUAAGGAAGGAGGCUUCGCUGCGUGAGAAACAGCUUCUUCCUCAUUUCAGCCUGUAUUUCUGCCUCCAAGAAAUACCUGUCUUAGGUUGGCAUGAAGAUGGAGGAUAUUGAAUGAAGCCUGUCCCUUGUCACUCCUCAGUGACUCCUGCCUUCGAGAAGCACUCCCAGCAUGCUCUGGGCCUGAUCAAUGUGGACUACAGAUCUUAAGGGAGUAAGAUGAGAAAGUAGGACAGUUAAUUUACCUCUUCUUGAUAUGUAAGUUUCUUGGGAAGAUGAUAAUCAAAUGAUCAUAACUGCAUUGUUAUCAACAUGAUGGGCUGGGAAAGUUAAGCUCAUCAACUUCGGGAAUACUGACUUCGCAGAUACAGAAGGAAGGCACUACCAAUCACCAAGCGCCUUCUGCUUGCCUCUGCAAAGGCUGGUGGCCUGAUGACACUGGGCGUAAUCAGACCAACAGCCAGCAACCUAAUCACUAGCCAUGUCCUAUGAUCCUGUGUGGCCAGUGUCUCUCACUGGGAAUCCUACUGACUUUUCUGCUUGCCACUGUGACCGGCUCCCUUGCCAUCUCCGUUGUCUUCCUACGCCCGUUCACAACUGUGCCGGAGACACCCCACCCGGAUUGCUGCCCUUUGAGGAAGGAGAGCCUGGAUUUAAUUUGAGCCCCAGCCUCCUCUCAGGCCAUCAGGUGGCUGAGGGAAGAGCUGGUCUCUCUGCUGGUGGCUUGCUGCUAAGUCCCAGCUCCCUGGUGCCUUGCCCUCCCCGCUGCUCAGCUGAGCAGUGUCUCUGCAAGCCUAUCUGUGCUCAGCUUUUCCUCCAGCACAGCUGGAGGAGACAUGGCUAUCCCUCACGUCAUUGGCUGAUAACAGUGGCGCUGGAUGAAGGCAGGACCUGCCUCACUCCAUUUGGGAUGGGCCUCUGCUGACAGGGGUGGUGUGAAAUGCCUGGAGCCAAGGAAAGUGAAUGGUUUUAGAGGCCUCCUCCUGAAGGCUGAGCUUUCAAUGCCUGCCAGGAAUGGUUCUGGGUGUUUUAAGUAGCCCUGAGGGUCAGCGGAAACAUUCCCACCUCCCUUGUAUGGGGAGUCCGGGACCUGCCAUACAGUGUCUAACUGUGCAGAGAUAGAAAUGACUACCCUCCCCUCUGAGGGAUGUUCUUACUCCACAGCUAAACCCAGGUGCCACUCCCUGCCCCCACCCUAACUGCCCUGGUACUCCUUACUCGCUGUGUUACCUCUUCUUCAGAGCCUGCACUUUUUUUUUCUAAGGACAGGAAAGCACUCACACUUCACAUCAUGGAAAAGGAAAUCCUCCUCGCAUAUCUCUUCCCUCCUUUUUUGGUAUACACAAAGAGAACUUUGGAUGAAAAGAGUAUCUAUUCAUCUGUAUCCCCAAGCCAGGGACAGUGUAGAAAGUGCCACUGGAUAGGAAAAAACAAAACAAACCAACCAACCUGCUUUUCUGGUGGGAUCUGAAGAGUCCCCUGGCAUCGGUGCCAUUCCUGUGAGGCCUGUGCCAAGUUGGUGAUGGAGAGAAACAGGGUAUUCCUGCAGUGAGGUGUCCCCAGUCCCAGGAAAACCAAGAGCAUGACAGUGGCCAGGGAGGGAUGGACCCAGCCCUCCCCCUGUCCAGCAUGAACCACUAGAGUUUAAUCCUUUUGUAAAUGCCUUUGGAUUUUAAUGGACUAAAGCAGUAGACCCAAUCAAUACUCAGGGGAUUUUCCUUUAAAUGUUCCUCGGAUGUUUUCGGUAUUCCAUUAGACACAGAAGGGCCAGAAUUUGUCUUGAAACUAAACGAGGCCACCCGGUAAUGAGUGUGUCAAGUUUUCCCCUUUGCGGUGCACACGGGUCCUGGGCUUCACGGGACAGCGGCAGAACGUGGUGUGCCGUUAAUACACUUCAUGUGAGUUCCUUGCGUUCCUAUCGUGUGUGAAGAGAUGAAGCAGUAAACAGCCUAGUUAAGGAGGGACUGAGAUUCGUCGGCGUAAUGUUUGUAACUGAUGUUUGUUAAUUUCUAUGCAUUUUAAUAUUUUUUAAUUAUGAGCAUUUUAAUAAAUUCAGUUUUACAAACAGUC